CUAUCCGUACUAGAAAGCAGACGAUCAAAACAGAAUGCUUAGCCUUCCUUCAACAAAAUAAUCAAAUCAAAACACCCUUUACUAAUCUAACCACCGGUAGAUGGAAACUGCUCUUUCAACAACACCUGCAUCAUUUCUCAGAAUCAAUUGAUUUUCUAAACUCCUCUCUCUCUCUCUCUCUCUCUCUCCUUGAGCGACAAAGGGGGAGAGAGAAUAAUAGCUGAUUUCUUUUUGUAAAUUCUUGCACUGAAAAAUGCAAUUGAAAUCUGUCAACACAUUUGCAAUCACUAUCAUGUUUGGUUUUGCACUUAUCAUCCUAUUUUUCUCUGGAUUUCUUGAUUUCCCACUUACCGCUUCUUCAAUCCCAUCAACCAAAAAUCAAAUCUUGACCACCAUCUCAGCUUCCAAGCCCGACCCGUUUAGCAACUUGUUCGGUGCUUUCAAGAAAUGGGAUUCUCAAGUGGGUUGUGCUCAAUUCAAGGAUAAACACAAAGGGUUGUUGUUAAAUUCUUCUUCUGGUUCUUUGCAAAAAGUUGAUGAGGGUGAAUUGAAAUGUAAUGAGCUGAAGAUGGAUCAUGUGAGUGUAUUAGUUAAAGGCUGGACUUGGAUUCCUGAUAAUUUGGAUAAUUUGUACUCUUGUCGAUGUGGGCUUAGCUGUUUGUGGACUAAAUCCGAGGUUCUAGCUGAUAAGCCUGAUGCUUUGUUGUUUGAGACAGCAACUCCUCCCCUUGAGAGACGUCAAGGUGAUCCAUUACGUGUAUACAUGGAUCUUGAAGCUGGUAGAAAGAAAUCAGUGUAUGAGGAUAUAUUUAUUAGCUAUCAUGCAGAAGAUGAUGUCCAGUCAACCUAUGCUGGUUCACUUUUCCAUAAUAAUCGAAAUUAUCACCUUUCGCCUUAUAAGAACAAUGAUACUCUUGUUUAUUGGUCAUCAUCACGUUGUCUUCCUCAAAGAAACCAGCUUGCCAAACGUCUACUCAGCUUGCUACCUUCCCAUUCAUUUGGCAAGUGCUUGAACAAUGUUGGAGGUCUAGACAAGGCACUCUCCCUCUAUCCUGAGUGCAUCAAGGAUUUUAAGGAAGCACCCAAAUGGUGGGACCAUUUACAUUGCGCUAUGUCACAUUACAAGUUUGUCCUUGCGAUUGAGAACACCAGGACAGAGAGUUAUGUAACAGAGAAGUUGUUUUAUGCACUGGACUCUGGCGCGGUCCCCAUUUAUUUUGGUGCCGCGAAUGUCUGGGAUUUUGUACCUCCACAUUCAAUAAUUGAUGGAAGCAAGUUUAGCUCUUUGGAGGAACUGGCUUCCUACGUUAAGGCCGUUGCUAAUGAUCCGGUAGCUUAUGCAGAGUAUCAUGCAUGGAGAAGAUGUGGUGUGCUUGGAAACUAUAGAAAGGCCCGAGCAGCAAGUCUGGAUACUUUACCUUGCAGGUUAUGUGAAGCCAUCAGUAAAAGAAAUGGGAGAAAUGCAAGAGCUUCUUGAUUAUUCAACUGCAAAAAUACAGGGUUCUAGGUUUUAAAUUUCAUUAUUGUGUACUUAGGUCUUUUAGUGUUGUUUCUUAACAAUGUUUGUGUUGAUAGGAUAUAGACUAGGUAGGGUGACUUGUAAAGAUCCCGUGCCCAUACAGAUUAAUCAUACAUAAAAAUUUUGGUUCAAAGAAAAUUAUCUAUUAUAUAAUGUCAAUUUCCACCAA